AUGGAGCAGUAUGAUAAUAAUAACAAUUCAUUGUCAACCCUUCAAGUGUCUAAGCCCCCGUCUAUAGGCACGCAUACUACGAACUCCGAGUAUGUUGUCGAUGGGGAAAAUUAUAUCAACCAACAAACAACGGCAGCACCAAGCGCAAAGGAGCGUGACGACUGGCCCCUGAAGGGAAAGGUCGUGGCAACCAAAAACCGCGAUUUGCAGUCUGGCUUCAAACCUCGUGAGCUAGGCAUAACAUGGAAGGACGUGAGUGUGGAAGUCGUCAGCGCAGAGGCGGCCAUCAACGAAAAUGUGCUAUCGCAGUUCAACAUCCCCACAAAAAUCAAGGAGUCUCGUCGGAAACGACCACUGAAGAAGAUUCUCAGUGACAGCCAUGGCUGUGUGAAGCCAGGGGAGAUGUUGCUGGUGUUGGGUAGACCCGGUUCGGGAUGUACAACACUCCUCAACAUGCUCGCCAACAGGCGGAAGGGAUACGCGUCUAUUUCGGGUGACGUCUGGUACGGAUCCAUGGGCCCGAAAGAAGCGGCGCAUCACCGAGGACAAAUUGUCAUGAACACCGAAGAAGAAUUGUUCUUCCCAACUCUCACUGUUGGCCAAACGAUGGACUUCGCGACAAGGUUGAAGCUGCCGCAUCACAUCCCGAAUGAUGUGCAAUCAGGUGAGGCACUUCGAGUCGAGACGAAAGAGUUUCUUCUGGAAUCGAUGGGUAUCGAGCAUACACACGACACAAUGGUCGGCAACGAGUUUGUUCGUGGCGUAUCAGGAGGAGAACGCAAACGUAUCUCAAUCAUCGAAACCCUCGCUACCCGGGGCUCGGUCUACUGCUGGGACAACAGUACCCGUGGCCUAGAUGCUAGCACAGCACUGGGCUACACCAAGGCCAUCCGUGCGAUGACGGACGUGCUUGGCUUGGCCUCGAUUGUCACGCUGUACCAGGCUGGAAACGGCAUAUACGAGCUCUUCGAUAAGGUCCUCGUGUUGGACGGAGGCAAAGAAGUGUACUACGGCCCUAUGAACGAAGCCAGACCCUUCAUGGAAAAUCUCGGUUUUGUAUGCCGAGAAGGUUCUAAUGUAGCCGACUACCUGACUGGUGUCACGGUGCCAACCGAGCGGCUGAUUCGGGAUGGAUAUGACCACGUAUUCCCUCGAAAUGCCGAAACAUUACGGGAUGAAUACCAAAAGUCCCCAAUCUACUCUCGCAUGAUAUCCGAGUAUGACUACCCGACAACAGACGAGGCCAAGGAACGCACGCGUACGUUCAAAGAGGCUAUCUCUCACGAGAAGCAUCCCCAGCUUCCGAAGUCGAGUCCCCUUACAAUCAGUUUCCCGGCACAAGUCGAGGCUACGAUUACACGACAAUAUCAAAUCCUCUGGGGUGAUAAGGCAACCUUCCUUAUCAAGCAGAUUUCGACCCUUGCACAAGCCUUGAUUGCUGGCUCCCUUUUCUACAACGCCCCGAAUACUAGUGCCGGUCUAUUCGUCAAGUCCGGUGCUUUGUUCUUUUCUCUCCUUUUCAACAGUCUGUUGGCUAUGAGCGAAGUCACAGAUUCAUUCAGCGGACGUCCGGUCUUGAUCAAACACAAGUCAUUUGCAUUCUAUCACCCCGCUGCCUUCUGUAUCGCUCAGAUUAUGGCUGAUAUUCCCGUUAUCAUCUUUCAAAUCAGUAUAUUCAGCAUCGUCCUCUACUUCAUGGUAGGACUGGAAAUGAAUGCAGGUGCCUUCUUCACCUACUGGAUUAUGCUCUUUGUCACGACAAUGUGCAUGACAGCAAUGUUUCGAGCAAUUGGCGCCGCUGCCAAAACGUUCGACGCAGCUUCCAAAAUUUCUGGAUUCGUCAUCACUGCGAGUAUCAUGUACACAGGAUAUUUGAUCAAGAAACCCGCCAUGCACCCAUGGUUUGUGUGGAUCUAUUGGAUUAACCCGCUUGCCUACGGUUUUGAUGCUCUUCUCGGUAACGAGUACCAUGGAAAGGUUCUUCCCUGCGUUGGAAACAAUCUUGUUCCAAAUGGUCCUGGGUAUUUCGAUUCUCAAUACCAAUCCUGCGCUGGGGUUGGAGGAGCAGUCCAGGGCGAAGUCUUCGUUACUGGAGAUGCAUACCUUCAGUCUCUGUCCUAUAGCCAUGAACAUGUAUGGCGUAAUUUCGGUAUCCUAUGGGCAUGGUGGGUGCUUUUUGUUGCCAUCACGGUAGUCUGUACGUCUCGCUGGCGCGCCUCUUCUGAGAAUGGUCCCUCACUGUUGAUCCCGCGUGAAAAUCUGCAUGUUGUUCAAGAAAAGCUAGCCAUCGACGAAGAGACCCAGCCACAGGAGAAGAGCAGUGAGAUGAGCAGCUCAUCCAACACUCUCGCUGAAAAGACUGGAGACAAAAACGGCCAGGAUGAUAUUGACAAGAACUUAAUCCGUAACACGUCAGUUUUCACCUGGAAAAAUCUGUCGUACACAGUCAAGACACCUUCUGGAGACCGUGUGUUGCUUGAUGACGUUCAGGGUUGGGUCAAGCCGGGAAUGUUGGGUGCCUUGAUGGGUGCUUCAGGUGCUGGGAAAACCACUUUGCUUGACGUACUGGCUCAACGCAAAACCCAGGGUACUAUCAAAGGUUCAAUCAUGGUUGAUGGUCGUCCACUACCGGUCUCAUUCCAACGAUCUGCAGGCUACUGUGAACAGCUUGACGUCCACGAGCCUUUUGCCACCGUUAGAGAGGCCCUCGAAUUUUCUGCUCUCCUUCGUCAAUCACGCGAGGUUCCACGAGAGGAGAAACUGAAAUACGUUGACGUGAUCAUCGAUCUUUUGGAACUGCACGACAUUGCAGACACUCUUAUUGGUAAAGUCGGUGCUGGAUUGUCCGUCGAGCAGCGUAAGCGAGUGACCAUUGGCGUGGAGUUGGUUGCGAAGCCAAGCAUUCUGAUCUUCUUGGAUGAGCCUACUUCUGGACUCGACGGUCAAUCCGCUUACAACACGGUUCGUUUCUUGAGGAAGUUGGCGGAUGUCGGCCAGGCCGUGCUAGUCACAAUCCACCAGCCCUCUGCUCAGCUCUUCGCCCAAUUUGACACUCUCUUGCUUCUUGCCAAGGGUGGCAAGAUGGUUUACUUUGGCGAUAUCGGUGACAACGGUACAACCGUGAAAGAAUAUUUCGGACGCUACGGCGCACCUUGCCCAUCCGAAGCCAACCCAGCAGAGCACAUGAUUGAUGUUGUUUCCGGCGACCUGUCUCAGGGCCGCGAUUGGAACAAGGUCUGGCUGGAAUCGCCUGAGCACGAGAAAACGACGCGGGAACUUGACGAGAUCAUUGCUGAAGCCGCCGCCAAACCACCCCAGACGCAAGACGACGGACACGAGUUCGCCAUGGCCCUGUGGCAACAGACCAAGAUCGUCUCGCAUCGUAUGAACGUUGCUCUAUUCCGCAAUACUGACUACGUGAAUAACAAGUUCGCUUUGCACAUCUUCACCGCUCUCUUCAACGGUUUCUCGUUCUGGAUGAUCGGGGAUACUGUGGGCGACCUCCAGCUGCGUCUCUUCACGGUCUUCAACUUCAUUUUCGUCGCCCCUGGCGUCAUUGCCCAGUUGCAGCCCCUCUUCAUCGAACGUCGUGAUAUCUACGAGACGCGGGAAAAGAAGUCUAAAAUGUACUCCUGGAUAGCCUUUGUCACGGCCUUGAUCGUCUCUGAGCUGCCGUAUCUCUGCGUCUGCGCCGUUCUGUACUUUGCCUGCUGGUACUAUACAGUUGGAUUCCCGCAUGAUUCCAACAAAUCCGGAGCUGUGUUUUUCGUGAUGCUGAUGUAUGAAUUUGUCUACACCGGUAUCGGUCAAUUCAUUGCCGCAUAUGCCCCCAACGCUGUCUUCGCCGCGCUCGCGAACCCGGUUGUCAUCGGAACGCUCGUUUCCUUUUGUGGUGUGCUUGUGCCGUAUGCACAGAUCCAGGCCUUUUGGCGAUACUGGAUGUACUAUCUCAAUCCGUUCAAUUAUCUUAUGGGUAGUCUCCUCACCUUCACAGUCUGGGGCGUUGAGGUCAACUGCGCAGAGAGCGAGUUCGCCAUCUUCAACCCUGCCAACGGUACCUGCGGAGAGUACCUUGCUGAUUACAUGCACGGAAUGGGCGUGUUGUCAUACCUGGACAACCCCGAUGACACGGCAAAUUGCAGGGUCUGCCAGUACAGAAGUGGUAGUGAUUAUUUGUACACUAUCAACUUGAAAGAUUAUUACUACGGCUGGCGCGAUUCUGGAAUCGUUGUCAUCUUUGCACUUUCUUCGUAUGCUCUAGUCUAUGUGUUGAUGAAGCUGCGUACCAAAGCGUCUAAGAAGGCUGAAUAA